CAGUUUAGUGUGGGCCAAAACGGUCAGCAGUCCUCGCAGUCCAAGUGCACGUCGGGUCUCGGUAGGAUGCGCUAAUAUUUCGGAGAACACACCGCGGGCACAUUGACAAGUGACUACUAACGGACAUUUCUCUCUCAAAGGAUUCGGUUCUCUAAUCAAAAGCCGCCAGCAUGAUGAAAGAAUGCCUGCGGUUCCUCAUUGAACCAGCUAAAAAACUCAAGAGCCGACUAAAGGAAUCCAGCAAACGAGUGAAGCUGGAAAAAAAAGAGCAGCUGGUGGAAAGUCAAUUAUUUAUCAUGGAGCUGGCCCGAGAACUCAGCAAAAUUUGUCAGAGAUCCAAUCUUCUUCAACAUAUAUGGUCCGGUGAUGAUGUCUGGCCAGCCUGCCGGUGUCGGGACUUUAUUGUGGAAUGGGCCGCUGUGCUGGAGAGGAAAGUGCAGUCAAGAGCUAGCUUGUCAGACUGCCACUACCACAGACCGGAAAAGAAGGACUGGAGGGGUCACCUCCUUUGCAUCCUGGAAUCUGGAGGGGAAUGUGAUAUGGGGCCUCAUAAGAGAGUCAUCAUGGAGUGGACACGGGAAAUUAAAAGUAGGCCACAGCCCAGCGUGUGGCCCGGCGAGCCGGUGCUCAUGAUGCUGGAUGACUUGGAGUUCCAGUGGGAGAAAGGCCGUCUGUCCAACCUGCUCCCAGCUCUGGAGCUUGUCAUGCUGGUCGUGCUGAACGCAGACAAGCCUGUUAAGGAGGAUGUGACAAAGGAAUGGCUGGUCAGAAGGCAGAGGAAUCAGAACAUGGAUGCUGUCCAAUACAUUCCCCAUUGUGUGUGGAAUUGGAUCUGUGAAGCCUCUGAUGACGUGAUUCUGGAUCCAGAUUCGGCCAACCCAGAGCUGUUGAUCUCCACGAAUGAAAAGAGCAUGCGGUGCGGCCUGGAGCGCCGUGACGUCCCACGUUGCAACGGUCGCUUCGACGGUUGGUGGUGCGCUGCUGCUCAGGAGGGCUACGCCUCAGGACGCCACUACUGGGAGGUGGAGGUGGGCCAGCGGGACUGGCGCUUGGGUGUGGCCAAGGCGUCCGCCGUGAGGCGGGGUUUCGGUUCUCUCAACACAGACACGGGGUACCUGACCCUCCGUCUGGAGAGGGGCAAGGAUCUGAAGGCCUUGACGGUGCCCGCCACAUCGCUGCCUCUGACGUUGGCGCCCAGGAAAGUGGGCGUGUAUCUGGACUACGAGCAGGGCCAGUUGUCCUUCUAUAACGUCGACAAGCGGUCUCACGUGUACACUUUCAAUGACAAGUUCACAGAGGAGCUUGUCCCCAUAUUCGGAACGGUGGAGGUGCUUCAGGACCUGCUGAUCAGGUCACCCGGGGUCAAACAGCGAUGCCUCUGUCCCGGACCUUGCCUCUGGAACUAAACGAUACCACAUCAAACAGCGCUUUUGUUUAAAGUAUGAGAAUGUGUCUGGCUGUCGAUUUGCUACCUGGGCCUUGAAUAGGGACUUUGUCAACCCUAAUCUACUGAAUACAACUCCUAUUCCAAUUAUAGAAACGAUCAAAAGCGCAAUCGAGUCGAAAGAUAGAGCUCUGCCAAGAAUAGCAAUAAUCCACCAGUAAUUGACGCCCAAUUAAGAGAAUUAAAUUUGCCGUAGAGAUGCCAAAAAUGGCGGCAAACUACUUAUUUUGUGUAAAAGAAACUCCCCAACUGACUUCAACAUACAGUAGUUCCUGGGCAGGAAGAUGUUAUGAGAUGGAGGCAAAGCACAAUUUUUUCCAAAUGAAGCGCAUUGACUCACUCGAUCAUAUCGUAUUUCCUUGGCACCAAAAUUCUUCAGUAUGGCACCAAAGUAAUAUUUUUGUUUCCUCUGCCUGAGCACAAAAUGGCAAAUCGGUGAGUUUUUACACCAAUAACAGUGGCUCGGUUAAAAGACCACUUAAAUAAAUUGGUGAACCCCCCCCCCCCCUCGUCCCUUCUCAAACAGAUUUGUAAUUACCUACAGAUGCUACAAGAUGGUGGCAAAUCACUACUUUGGUCUAAAUAAUUCACUUCAACAUAGUUCCUUGGCACCGAGUUGCCACGAGAUGUGCCAAAGUAUAUAUAUGUAUAUAUAUAUAUUUUAAUUUUGUAAAUAGUUGAGUUGACGAACAUGGGCAUCAUCUGGAGUAAUUGAGGAUCAAUAGUUAUGACGAAAAACAUGAAACAUUUGGAAAUAUAUCAUUUUAU